CACAUGAAAAUCUCCAACUCCAGUACCAUCACUGGGUUCAUCCUCCUGGGCUUCCCUUGCUCCAAGGAGGGACAAAUCCUCCUCUUUCUGCUUUUCUUAAUCAUCUACCUCCUGACCCUCAUGGGCAAUGGUGCCAUCAUCUGCGCUGUACGCUGGGAUCAGAGACUCCACACCCCCAUGUACAUCCUGCUUGCCAACUUCUCCUUCCUGGAGAUCUGGUAUGUCACCUCCACUGUCCCCAACAUGUUGGCCAACUUCCUCUCUGACACCAAGGUCAUCUCCUUCUCUGGCUGCUUUCUCCAAUUUUACUUUUUCUUCUCCUUGGGUUCUACAGAAUGCUUUUUCCUGGCUAUUAUGGCAUUUGACCGAUACCUUGCCAUCUGCCGGCCUCUGCACUACCCGACCAUCAUGACAAGACGCCUCUGCACCAAUCUUGUGAUUGGCUGCUGGGUAUUUGGUUUCCUCUGGUUCCUGGUUCCCAUCAUCCUCAUCUCCCAAAUGUCCUUCUGUGGAUCCAGGAUCAUUGACCACUUCCUCUGUGACCCGGGCCCUCUAUUAGGACUCACCUGUACCAGAGCCCCUAUAAUAGAGAUGACUAGCUCUACCUUAAGUUCUUUGCUUUUGUUUAUUCCCUUUCUCUUCAUCAUGGGGUCCUAUGCUUUGGUCCUACAAGCUGUACUGAGGGUCCCUUCAGCAUCUGGACAAAAAGCUUUUUCCACCUGUGGGUCCCAUCUGGCAGUUGUUUCUCUUUUUUAUGGCUCAGUGAUAGUCAUGUAUGUGAGCCCUACAUCAGAGCAUGAUGCUGGAAUGCAAAAGAUAGUCACUUUGUUUUAUUCUGUAGUGACUCCACUCAUUAACCCAGUGAUCUAUAGUCUAAGGAACACAGAUAUGAAACACGCUAUGAACAAAUUACUGGGAACAUAA